AUGAAUUUAAAUCAAGUAAAUUGGUUCCCAUCAGAAAAACCAAUCUAUGAUAUCAACAAGAGUUGGGAGGAGAACUUGGAGAAAGGACCAUUCGUUAGCGAUAAAUACAAGGUUUUAGAGCGUAAUUGGAAGUCAAAGGAUCAGUGGAUCGAUUUUUUGGGUCAUAAAGUCGCUUCACCUCUCGGUGUGCCAGCGGGUCCACUUUUGAAUUCGGCAUGGAUCAAGUUUGCUGCGGAGGCAGGUUUCGAUGUCGUCACCUACAAGACUAUUCGUUCGAAUCCAUACUCUGGACAUCCAGUACCGAAUGUACUCUAUAUCGAUGUUCCACAGGGUCAGUUGAACAAGUCAGAGAGUGGCGGUACUCUUCACGCCACCACACAGAUGCCCGGCGACAUCGAGCAGCUGGCCAUCACCAACUCGUUCGGUAUGCCAUCGAAAGACCGUGCAUACCUCUUGGAAGACAUAAAGAAAGCACAAUCGUACUUGGCCGAUGGACAACUGAUGAUCGUUUCCAUCACCGGAACUGCAGCGAACGCCAGUGACUUUAUCCAAGACUUUUUGGAUGUUGCCAACAUCGCGUUGGAUGCCGGUGCCAAAGUCAUCGAGGUCAACUACAGUUGUCCCAAUGUAUGUACAGGCGAAGGACAAAUCUACAACAACCCAGACGAAGUCUACAAGAUCUCAAAGGCAUUGGUCGAUAUCCUCCAGCCAAAGGGUGUACCAUUGAUCAUCAAGGUCGGUGUCAUGGAAGACCGUGAACUGAUGACAAAGCUAUUCCGUCGUGCUGAAGAGGCUGGUGUCGCCGCUAUCGCCGGUAUCAACACCAUGUCGAUGAAGAUCACCGACAGCAAGACAGGUGCUCCAUCGCUCGGUGAGAACAGACUCACCAGUGGUGUAUGUGGUGCACCGAUUCGUUCGGCAGCACUCGACUGGGUAAGAAACGCAAGAUCGAUCGUCAACGACAACAAACUCAACCUCAAACUUCUCGGAUGCGGUGGAGUAGUUUUACCAGAGCAUUUCGAUGAUUUCCUCGAACAAGGUGUAGAUAUUGCUAUGUCUGCCACCGGUUUAAUGUGGGAUCCAUACAUUGCAAUGAAAUGGCAUAACAAACUUUAA